AUGGAUUUUAAUAAUAACUAUCCGGAUAAGGCAAAAAUUUGUUAUCUACCACGAAAACCAGAUGAAGCAAUCGGUCCUGCUGCUGAACGUUGUUUGUGUCUUAGAAUGGGUGGUGCUACUGCUGGCAUCUCGCCAGCGAAAGACCAAACAGUGGUAUGGGGUGGGAUGGAUUUGUGUUGUGGAGCGGAAAGUAGGGAUGAGGUGAUUAAAGGUGUGUGUAAGCAGGGGAUUACAUUGCGUUGGUUAUGGUUCGUUGCGGUCAUUUGUGGUGAUGAUGUAAAAGUGUAA